AUGGUCGAGGCACAGGAAGCGGCGACGGCGGCGCUGACGACGACAAAGGCUCCGGAACUUGAGGCACACGUCGAGAGGCGGUCGGACGGCUGUGAAGAGGUGACGGGAGACGAAGACGCGGUGGACAGUCAGAGGAAGACAACGAAGUCGAAGAAGAAGAAGAAGAAGAGCGCCAAGAAGAAAAAGAAAAGUACAGCCACGGCCAGUGUUGGCUCUAAGGCGCCGCCGUUCCGAGGCGUGUCGGGGUUCACCGACAGCUAUGUGGCCUUGGGACAGACGGACCCACCUACGAUUCCCAUUGAGGAGCUCUAUGCCGACGGUCAGUACCCCGAGGGCGAGAUUCAGGCCCAUCCUGGCGACUUUAAUACGUUUCGCACAACGAGCGAAGAGAAGCGUGCACUGGACCGCGCACAGGAAGAUUUGUAUGCGACGGUGCGCCACGCCGCAGAAGUGCACCGUCACGUGCGCAAAUUCGCACAGAGCAUCAUUAAGCCAGGCGUGAAGCUCAUUGAUAUGUGCACGCAGCUCGAGAACAAGAACCGCGAGCUGGUUGUGGAGGCGGGUUUUGCGCGUGGCAUUGGCUUUCCUACCGGUUGUUCGUUGAACCACGUCGCGGCUCACUAUACGCCGAACUCGGGCGAUGAGACGGUUCUGUCUUACGGGGACGUGAUGAAGGUGGAUUUUGGCACGCACGUUAAUGGACGCAUCAUUGACAGCGCGUGGACAGUAGCGUUCGACCCGCAGUUUGAUCCGCUUCUUGAAGCAGCCAAGGCUGCGACAGAGGCCGGUAUUGCGCAUGCAGGCAUUGAUGCCCGUUUGGGCGAGAUCGGUGGCUCUAUUCAGGAAGUCAUGGAGUCAUAUGAAGUCACGAUUGAGGGCAAGACUCAUACGGUCAAGUCGAUUCGUAACCUGAACGGCCACUCUAUUGGUCCGUACCAGAUCCACGGUGGCAAGAGCGUGCCGAUUGUGAAGACGGACGAUCAGACCAAGAUGGAGGAGGGCGAGAUUUUUGCCAUUGAGACGUUUAACACCACUGGCCGUGGCUACGUGGUUGAAGACGGCGAGUGCUCGCACUACGCUAAGGCAUUCGAUGUGCCUCAUGUGCCUUUGCGUCUGCCCCGCGCCAAGAAGCUGCUAGGACACAUCACUCGUACAUUCGGCACGUUGCCUUGGUGCCGCCGGUGGAUCGAACGUGAGGACGGUGGCUCGGCCACUAUCAACCCAAAGGGCGCCAAGCAGGAGAAAUAUCUCAUGGCUCUGAAGAAUUUGGUGGAUACGGGCAUCGUUACGGCAUACCCGCCGCUCGUGGACGUGAAGGGUAGCUACACGGCGCAAUACGAGCACACGAUCGUCUUGCGUCCCACCUGCAAGGAGGUCGUGUCUCGCGGCGACGAUUAUUAA